AUGACGCCAGCCCCAAGAAGCCCCUUCUCGUCUGGCUUCCCACACGCCGACGCCCAAUCCAAUCCAGUCCCGACGUCUCCUCCUGAAGGCAUCUUCCAGAGAUGUCUCCUCCCGCCGAAGAAGAAAUUAGUUGUGGACACCGGGGGCGACUGCAGCCGCGCGAUCCCGGUUCAGAGCCGGCCGAGGCGAGUGGCCGCGCGCAACGUCGCGUACGUGAGCAUGGAGGAGGAAGAGGAAGCCGGGACGGCCGGAGCGAAGAGGAACAGGAAUAGCAGCAGAAAGAACGGACCGCAGCCGGCACGGGACGCCGCGCCGCUGGUCAACAGGCCGCUGCACCUCAGCGAGGAGCAGCAGCAGCACCUCAAGGCGCUCGGCGCCACGGCCCCGCAGUUCGUCAUCAUGAAGACCCUCCAGGUGAGCGACGUGGACCGCAACCAGCACCGGCUCCUCUUCUCGUGCAAGCGCGAGUUCCUCGAGGGCCACCCCAUCACCGGCAUCCUAGCCGACAAGGAGGCGCGCCUCGUGCACGAUGUGGAACGCGGGCUGAGCGUCAUCGUCCAAGACGACCACAGCAACCGCUUCAAUUGCAAGCUCAAGUACCUCGACUCCAACGGCGGCUACCGCUUCAUCGGCCGCGGCUGGAACGACUUCGUGACCACGAACAAGCUGGUGGAGCCGGUGAGGGACGACUGCCUCCGUUUCGACAUCGAGCUAUGGGCGUUCCGGUCGCCGGAGUUGCCCGGGCAGCCCAAGGUUCCCCACAUCGAGGGACUAGAGGGUCACCCUGACGGCAACCUCGGGUUUCUCUUCCGACUGCAUCACGACGACAGCAGGGACGUCCACCGCGGCGGCGAGGAAGAAAGGGAGUUUGCGCCGCGGCCGGUCCAGAAGAAGAAGAGGAAGGCACCGGCCAAGGCGGUGCCAUCAAAGAAGCUUGCGGGUGCGCACGUGAGUCAGGGCAAAGCCAUGGCGCGGUUCGUGACGAGGGCUGAGGUAGUUAAGGCGGUUGGGGAGGAAAUGGCGGAUGCAUUGUGCGGGCUGUUGAUGCUAAGGUCCCGUGCCCCUGUUCCAAUGCCUCCCUUUGAUGACAAUACAACGUCUGUUAAUGUUUGCUAG